AUGGGUGGCGGCCAUCAGCACGACGGCUCGCAGCAGCAGCAGCGGCGGAGUGGAGGAGACCUGCUAACGGCCCCCCAAGGCCACGGUGAAGCCCGUGGCUGGGAGGCGCUGGCGGCCUCACCUCCGCCCUCGCUGCCAGAGGAGCGGCAGCACCGCGAGCCGGGGCAGCCGUGGGGGCGCGAUCGAGGAGGCGCCCCCUCCAAACACCUCAUGGGCGCCUUCUCCCGUGGGUCCAAGAACCACCACCGCGGCAAGUGCACGCCGUGCCGCCACACCAUGACCGGGACCCCCUGCCCCCAGGGGCGCCUGUGCAACUGCUGCCACUUCCACCACGGCCUGGAGGCGCUCCUCGGCAGGAAGCCCCGCGCGCUCCUCCGAAAGCAGGGCGAGCACGACAGCGCAGCAGGCUCGAUGCCUCUGCUGGAGCGCGUGCAGCCUUGCAGGCUCCUGGCCUGCGCCUCGCUGGACCUGUCGGCUCAGCUGGCCUCCCUGGCCAGCCCCGGCGCCAGCCAGCGGGCCCCCGCCCCGGCGCGCAGCCCAGCGGAGGAGGCCGCCAAGGCGAGCCCGCCGCCCCCGCCGUGCGCGCCCUCAGCGGCUCCCUGGGGCCGCCUCCGCCCCGAGCAGCUCGCCGCGCUGCUGCGGGAGGCGGCGCCUGAGCACUACGAGGACUGA